CUGAACACAUGCUGUACUAAUGACUACCAAGAAAUCAUUGCUUUCUCACUAAUAUUUAAAAUAUAACAACAGCUAAAGAAGCAAGACAAUUCAUGCCUCUUUCCCCCAGGUACAAGACCACACCUGUUGAUGACUUCUACUUCAAGUCUUAUGCAGAUCUCGAUGUACAUGCAGAAAUGAUUUCAGAUUCAGUUAGAACAAACACAUACAGGCUUGCAUUACUGAAGAAUUCUGAUCGUUUGAUUGGCAAGGUAGUUGCUGAUGUAGGGGCAGGUACAGGUAUUCUGAGUUGUUUUUGUGUUCAAGCUGGUGCAAAGAAAGCACGUGGUCACCAUGCCAAUCAGUAUAUCAAUAGUGGAGGAAGAGCUGUAGCCUGUCUCUUAUACACAUCUGAUGUUGUUCUUCCAGAAAAGGUAGAUGUUAUUGUUAGUGAGUGGAUGGGCUAUUUUCUGCUGUACGAGUCAAUGUUAAACUCUGUGGUCUAUACACGUGAGCAUUGGCUAAAAGAGGGAGGUAUUAUGCUGCCCUCUAUUGCCAGUAUCUACAUGGCUCCAGUCACAGACGAGGAAACAUUAGACGAGACAACUUCCUUGUGGGAAAAAACAAAAAAAGUAUAUGGAGUGGAUAUGUCAUGUCUUGUCCCAUAUGCCCGCAAACUGCUUACUCGUAAGAGCUCUUUUCUUUAUAAAGAAUAUCCAUUGUUAAAAUAUAUUUAAGUUUCAAUUUACAGAUAACAAUACAAUUCCACAUGCAAUGUCCCAAUUGCUGAUGGUCUAGAGGCAACCCAAGGCUCCCAGCAAGGCUUUAACUCUAGUUUGUGGUCAAUACGUUUGUUAAUUGUAUUGACAACUAUAUCUUAAUUACUUAUUCAUUGGAUAGACAUUUCAGUUUUUUCACUUUAUGAAAUAUUUAUCAAUGGACUCAUAAUGAUUCCUUGUUUGUGUCUUAUAACGCAUUUUUAAUUGA